AUGUCGAUCCAGCGAGUACCACUGCGAUUAAUCGGCCUGAGCCGGUUAGAACUAGCAUCCAGGACACCAGCACAGAGAAACCUUGCCAUUCGGUGGUCCAGCACAAGUCCUGCGACCAUUGUCGACACUGGAUUCUGGACUUCUUUGAUACCCAAACCUCUGCGAAGAGAAAAUCGCAAGGGAAUCAAAGGGAGAAAGUCGAAAGAAUGGAACCCGGCAACUUUCUUUAUCGUCAUGUUCCUCUUCAUUGGCUCCAUGUCGAUUCAGAUGAUAGCGCUCCGCAACCAGUGUGAACGAUACAAUCGGCAAUCAACCGUUAGAAUAGGGCAGCUGAGGGAGGCCUUGAGAAAACUCCAGAAUGGUGAAGAGGUCGAUGUGGACAAACUUUUGGGCAGCGCGGAUGAAUCACAAAAAGACGCUGACUGGGAAGAGAUGCUGAAAACCAUUGAGCGAGACGAGGCGUCACAGAAAGCUCUAGUAUCAGAAAAUGUGAAGCAGCCGGAAUUUCCUGCAAAGACUAUCAUGUCGGCGGCGCCCAUGUCAGAUACCGAGGCAGACGACGAACAGGGAAAUGCCGAUAUGCAACCUUCGAAGCCAAAAUCUGCGAAUCUCGGCAAUUUCUUCUAA